CAGUCGAGAGCAGGAUGAAAAUGACUCCGACAUUUGGGACGACAGUGCCCUGAUACAGGCAUAUGACAAGGCUGUACACGCAAUGAAGAUAGCUCUGGAAAAUGAUGAAGAGAUAGAUGACCCAAAGGACAAAGAAAGCGACAGCAUCACAAAUGAAACAGACAUCAAGACGGAAGAAACUGACGACAAGUCAGAAGACAUAGACAGCAAAACAGAGGAAAGCAACGGCAAAAACACUGUGACAAAUAACAAAACUGAUAAUAAGCCUGCAGUAGAAGCUGAAGUCUCAAGUUCAUCCAUGGUGAGGAAAAAAACAAAAAAGAAGGGAAAGUCCAGAGGAAUUCAUAAG